AUGUACAACAGCACACCACAUUCUGUUACGGGAAGAACCCCAUCAGAACUUUUCUUCAAAAGGAAGUUUAGAGAUAAAUUACCUAUGGUAAACGAUACAAUGGAGAGGACAGCACAAGACACAGAGGUUAAGGAUAGAGAUCAAGAAAGAAAGCAAAUAGGAAAAGAAAAGGGAGACAUGAAACGGAAGGCUGAAGAGUGUGAUUUAAUACCAGGAGACAAAGUGUAUAUAAAAAAUGUGAAUAAAGAAAAUAAAUUAAGCUUAGACUACAAUCCAGAAACACACACAGUGGAAAACACGAAAGGAGGAGAUAUCACGGAUAAACCAGAAAUCUGGGACAAAGCUGCCGAGGAUUACAAAAAUCGCAACAAAAAAACAGAAGCGUGGAGAAGUAUUUGUGCCCAGUUGAAGGAAAAUUUUGAAAAUUUGAGUGACGGGGAAAGAAAAGAAUUUGGUCAACUAGUUCUUAAAAGGUGGAAUAAUAUCAGAGACCAGUGGCUUAAAUGGAGGAAUCGAGACAAAAACUCGAAAAAAUCAGGAGCAGCUGCAUCAAAACUGCGAAAGUAUUUGUAUCACGAACAACUAAAUUUUCUAGAGCAAGGCUUAUAUCACCGGUCAACUGAUGCAAGCAUGGUCUAUGAGCACUCAGAUGAAGCAGAAAGUCAGCAGCAAACUGAAGAGCUCCAGUCAGCAGAAGAUCAAGGGACGGCGACUCCGGAUGCAACUAAGCAGACUUCGCAAACUCCAACUGCAAAAAUCCCUUCCGUGAAGACCACAUCUGUGCAACAGUCAACGAGGAAGAGGAAGCGAACCCUCGACGAAUUUGAGCUAAGGAUGCUUAAAUCGUUGUUGAAAAAGCACAAAGAAUGCUCCUUCCAGAUAUAUAAAGAUCUAAUUGUAAAUGAAACGAAUUUAUAUGCAGAGGCGGUAUUUCUUACUGAGAAAAUUUCUGAAAAUUCGAGAAUUACCAAAUGGAAACCAAUAACAUCUAUGGAAAUGCUUACAUUUAUUGGGUUAAUAUUGCAUACUGGAACGAUAAAAGUAAAUCGCAUGCAAGAUUAUUGGAAGACGCACCCUUUGUUUAAUCUAAAGUGUUUUUCUGAGCAUAUGAGCCGUGAUGGGUUUCUUGUGCCUACAUUUUGCCAAAAACGAACCUGCACAGUCAUCCGCAGAUCGACUUUACAAAAUUAG